AUGGAACCAUUGUGUAUUGAUGAAGAACAGCGACAGAAGACUAACAGGGGGUGGGUAACAGCUGCGCACUGGAAGAUCGCUUGUUUGCUCACCAUGGCUGUCUUGCUGGUCCUGUUAUUGAUAUUUAUCACGCUGUAUGUUUCAGGACAAAGGCUAUGCGGGGCACAGAAAGAAAAACUGGAAUCAAUAAACGAAGCCAUCGAAGCUUUUUCCAAACGCCUUGACUGGCAAGACAAACAAAUUGGAGAGGAUCUCGUAAAUUUGAAUGUUACGAACACAUCUCAAAGGACAACGGUCUUGGAAAUUCAAGAAAAGAUGGACUCAAUGUACAAAGCUUUUGAAACAUUGCCCAAACGUCUUGACUCACUGGACGUAAAUAUUGGAAGAAAACUGGAUUUAGUAAAUGUCCAUAUCAAGAACGCAUCUCAGUGGACAACUGCUUUAGAAAUGCAAGAUAACCAGGACUCAAUGUUCAAAGCCAUUGAAGCUUUGUCCAAGCACUUCGACUCCCUGGACACAAAUAUGGAAAGAAAACUCGAUUUAGUAAACAUGAAUGUUAUGAACAUGUCUGAAAGGACGACUGCUUUGGAAAUGAAAGAUAACCAGGACUCAAUGUUCAAAGCUAUUGAAGCUUUGUCCAAACGCCUCAACUCCCUGGGCACAAAUAUGGAAAGAAAACUGGAUUUAGUAAACGUGAAUGUUAUGAACAUGUCUGAAAGGACGACUACUUUGGAAAUGAAAGAUAACCAGGACUCAAUGUUCAAAGCCAUUGAAGCUUUGUCCAAACGCUUCGAUUCCCUGGGCAAAAAUGUGGAAAGAAAACUGGAUUUAGUAAACGUGAAUGUUAUGAACAUGUCUGAAAGGACGACUACUUUGGAAAUGAAAGAUAACCAGGACUCAAUGUUCAAAGCCAUUGAAGCUUUGUCCAAACGCUUCGAUUCCCUGGGCAAAAAUGUGGAAAGAAAACUGGAUUUAGUAAACGUGAAUGUCAUGAACAUGGCUGAAUGUCUACAAUGUGCCACAAUUUUUCUUUGCACCACUUAUGUGUGUAAUCAGCCAUUUUAG